AUGGACAAUGCAGUCCUGUGGGCUCAACGCUCAUCCGCCACCGAGGCUGAGAAGAACUACGUCUACCUGACGAUCAGUGUGCCUGAUGUUCCUCCCAAGUCUCUCAAACUCGACCUGAAGCCUACCGGCCUCACCUUCACCGGCACAUCCGAGACCAAGAAGACCACAUACCACCUCGAGAUGGAAUUCUACUCUGAGAUUGACGUGGAAAAUUCAAAGACGCACCACACGCCGGCCAACAUCCAACUGAUUCUGAGAAAGAAGGAGAUGAAGGAAGAAUACUGGCCGCGCUUGCUCAAGGACUCGGCAAAAGUUCACUACUUGCGCACUGACUUCGACAAGUGGGUCGACGAGGACGAACAGAACGAGGCUCCAGAGGAUGACUACAUGAACCAGUUCGGUGGCGGUCUCGGUGAGGAUGGCGGGUUUGGCGGCAUUGACUUCUCCAAACUUGGUGGUGGCGCUGGUCUCGGCGGAGACAGUCCUGCUGACGCCGAGGGCGCAGACGACGAUGACGAAGAGGGGGACGAUGACGACGAUGACAUGCCCGACCUUGAAGAAGACGAUGCUGCAGGUGACAAAGGCAAGGGGAAGGGCAAGGAGGCGGCGUAG